AUGGCUUCGAUCUUAAGGUGUAGGGCGGGUACUUUUCCGUUUAAGUACCUUGGAUUACAAGUUGGAGCUAAUAUGAACAUUGUUAGAAAUUGGAAACUGGUAGUGGAGACGUUCAAGAAACGACUUUCUUUAUGGAAAGCCAACACCCUCUCUUUUGGCGGACGCCUUACACUUGUCAAAUACUUUCUUUGGGGGGCGACUCCGGAUCAUAAAAAAACGACAUGGGUGACAUGGAAUGAUAUAAUGGCACCGAAAGAAUUUGAAAGUGUUGGGAUUGGGUCACUUAGAGAAGCAAACGUCACCAUGCUUGCCAAAAGGUGGUGGCGUUUUAAGGUGGAUAAAAAUAGCAUUUGGAGGAAAGUUGUGUGGAGCAUUCAUCACACCGCAAGGUUGUGGAGUGGCAUACCGUCCAAGCUAUCUAUGCCGGGUCCUUGGAAACAAGUCGCCCGUAUUUCACAAGAUUUGACAGAUUGGGGAGUCAAUUUGGAGAGUGUCUUCCGUGGGGUGGUGGAUAACGGCAAGGAGAUUCUCUUCUGGAAGGACUGCUGGGUGGGCCAGAUCCCAUUAUGUGAGAAAUUUCUGAUUCUAUAUAGUCUUGAAUGA